CGCGGAGGGACGAGCCAGACGAGGGCGUCCGCGUCGCGAGGAUGUCCAGAGGGAGAGAUAGAGAAAGGGAGAACGAGGAGUUCCAAGGGCGUACGUCGGCCAGUUACGAGUCGGGGGACGCGAGCGACGCUUGCAGGCGUCGCCCUGGGCGCCGGUCUCCGAGAACAGAUGGAACCGAGCCGCGUACCCCGGGGUCCCGGUCCGCGCCUCGUCUUCCUCUUCGCCACCCUCGUGUUGACCUUCGCAGCGACGGGGCUUCUAUGCGGUGCAAUAAUGUCAGAUCAUUGGGAAGAGAUCGGCUGGGACAAAGAAAUCCUAAUUCACACAAACGUCAAUCUCACGUGGUAUCUGGACGGUCAGGUGGCAAUGCUAAAGUCUUCCGUUUAUCAUCGAACUAAUCGUAUUACCAAAAGUUCGUCCUUUUUGGUCCCCAUGCACGGCGGAAUUUGGAUUAUGUGUGUUACAUUGUCAGUCUACGGAAAAGACGAGAAUCUCACGGUCACGCGAUCGUAUGGAUGUGCUGUUCAAACUGUGUGAUUCGGCGGUUCGAUAUCUCCGGCCAGAGUCAAGGUAGCAUCUAAAUAUAGUCACGUAUAUG